AUGUCUCAGGAAGCAAGAGUCGAGGAUGAAGUGGAUGCCAUGUCCAACGGUGGCCAGCAUGGUAACCGUUCUAUUAUGUACCAUCUAUAUACGCACCGCUGGGGACAAAUCCUGUUGAUCAGUUUCAUCUGUUUCUGUUGCCCAGGGAUGUACAAUGCCCUCACCGGCCUCGGCGGUGCUGGGCAGGUUGACCAGACGGUGGCAGCCAAUGCGGCAGUUGCGAUGCUCGCAGCGACAGCCGCGACCGCUCUGUUUGUGGUUGGGCCGAUUUUCGACCGUGUUGGUCCACGGGCGUGUCUUUUGCUCGGAGGAUGGACAUACCCUUUAUACUCUGGUAGUCUUCUGUGCUUCAACUUCACGAGCAACGGUACCUUUGUAAUUGUGUCGGGUGCAAUUCUCGGUGUGGGGACAUCCUUCAUCUGGGUGGCGCAAGGAGCCAUCAUGACCACCUACGUCUCCGAGUCACAAAAAGGGCGCGCAAUCGCAAUCUUCUGGAUCAUCUUCAAUCUCGGUGGUGGUGUCGGGUCUCUGGCUAGCUUUGGUUUCAACUUCCACUCGAAAAGUGGGACGGUGUCGAAUGGAACAUACAUUGCCCUCCUCAUCCUCAUGGCAAUUGGAUGGCUGCUGGGACUGCUCAUCUGCUCUCCAUCGGCUGUGCGAGCCCCCCAGCUGCUGACAACGCCCGAAAGCGAGAAGAACUGGCGACAGACGAUGCGUCUCUCGCUGCGCACCAUUUCUGACUGGCGUGUGCUGUGCUUGUUGCCAUUGUUCUUCUCGGCGAAUGUCUUUUAUUCGUAUCAGCAAAAUGUGGUCAACGGCCUGACCUUUGAUAUCCGCACGCGCUCGCUCAAUGGCGCGCUGUAUUGGAUCGCGCAGAUGUUCGGCGGCCUCCUCAUUGGCCUCAUCCUUGAUAUGCCUGGACUCGACCGGCGCAUCCGAGCUCGCAUUGCAUGGCUUUUUCUGUUUGUGACGGGCAUGGCCAUCUGGGGCGGUGGUUAUGCAUUUCAGAAAUGGUCCAGCCAUCGCCUCGCGCAGGGCAUUAAGCAGAACGUUGAUUACAGUGACGGUCAUACCUCGGUUGGGCCGAUGUUCCUCUACAUUUUCUACGGCGCCUACGAUGCGUUCUGGCAGUCUUUCUGCUACUGGCUCGUGGGAGCCCGGUCCAACACCCCGGCCGUUACGGCCAUCCUGGUGGGCGCAUACAAAACCUUCCAAAGCGCCGGGGGAGCGAUGGCAUGGCGGAUCAACGCUCUCGAGAAGCCUGCCAUGACCCAGUUCACCAUGGACUGGGCAUUGUGCAUGGGAUCACUGGUCAUCGCCAUUCCGACCGUCCUGGCAGUCACUCUGACCAGCGACCCAGAUCCCUCGGAGGGGAAAGAUCCGGAGGAUUCGGAGGAAAAGCCUCGGUCUGAAGUGACCAAGGCAUAA